AUGGCUGAAGCGAGGUGCUGCUUCAAACUCCCCUAUGCAAUUGUGGUGGUGCUUUUACUAAACAUGAACAGUCCUUGCAUUGGAUGUAGCGAGAGGGACAGGCAAGCACUCCUUGCACUCAAACAAGGCCUCGUGGGUGACGACGGCGAUCGCCUCCUUUCAUGGGGAAGAGAAGCCCAAAACAGAAAUUGUUGCCAAUGGGAAGGAGUCUACUGUAGCAGCAACCAAACUGGCCAUGUUGUUAAGCUUGAUCUUGAAGACCAAUCUUUGCGAGGUAAGAUUAGUCCUGAACUCGUGAAGUUGCAACAUUUGGAAUAUUUGAACCUUCGUUUCAAUAAUUUGAGUCGGAGCCAAAUUCCAGAUUUCAUUGGAUCUCUGAGCAAUUUAAGACACCUCGACCUCUCUUCUGCUAAUUUUGGAGGUCAAAUUCCAAACCAACUUGGAAACCUUACACACUUGCAAUAUCUCGAUCUCAGCUCUCAUGGAUAUUUUGUUAUACGCCCUGAGAACUCUAUUCAUGCAAAAAACCUCAAUUGGCUCCCUAAUCUUUCAGGUCUGAAACACUUGGACCUAACUUACACUAAUCUCAGUGAUGUUGUUGGUUGGCUGGAAGCAGUUAAUAUGCUUCCUAAACUAAGAAAGUUGAUAUUAUCGGCCUGUAAACUUCCUCGUCCAAUUAUAUCCUCUGUUUCUCUCAUGAAUUCUUCUAACUCUCUUGUUCAUGUUGAUCUCUCCCACAACAAUCUCAACUCUUCAAUUUUCCAAUGGUUGUCUGGUACUCGUACCAACCUUGUUUAUCUUGAUCUCUCUUGGAACAAUUUCAGAGGUUCCUCAAUUCCUGAUUAUUUCGGAAACAUGAGCUCUCUUGCAUAUCUUAGUCUCUAUUAUAACCAUCUUGAAGGAGGGAUCCCGAAUUCCUUUGCCAAGUUAUGUAGGCUGCGAGAGUUGGACCUUGGGUUUAAUAGUCUUAGUGGACAACUUUCAGACUUUGUUGAAACAUUGUCCAAAUGCGCUCAAAAGACAUUGGAGAGUUUGGAUAUCUCUCAUAAUCCUGACCUUUCGGGUUCAUUGCCUGAUCUUACGAACUUCUUAUCAUUGAAAAGCUUGUUUCUCGAGAAAAAUAACUUAAGUGGAAGAAUACCUGAAAGUAUUGGACAGAUGUCCAAGCUGGAGACUAUUGGUUUUGGUUGGAAUUCUUUGGAAGGAGUGAUUUCAGAAACUCAUUUUUCAAAACUCUCCAAAUUAAGUUAUUUGAGUUUAUCAUCCAACUCACUACUUUUAAACUUCAGUUUUGAUUGGAUUCCUCCCUUCCAAUUGCGACGCAUACAAUUGACGUCUUGUAAGAUGUGGCCAUCGUCUUUCCCAAAAUGGCUUCAAACUCAAAAAAAUUAUACAUGGCUUGAUAUUUCUGAUGCUGGAAUUUCUGAUACCAUUCCAAGUUGGUUUUGGGAUUUCUCACAAAAAAUAAAGGUUAUGGAUAUCUCUCACAAUCAAAUGAGAGGAACAGUUGGAAAUAUUAGAUUGGAUUUUGCACCGCGCCUAAAUUUGAGUUGGAAUCAAUUGAAUGGUCCAAUCCCUUCAAUUCUAUCAAAAGCUUCAGUUCUAGAUCUCUCCCAUAAUAACUUUUCUGGGGCAGCUUCUUUUUUGUGUGCAACCGAGGAUAGUAAUUUAACCUUUCUUGAUCUCUCAAGCAAUCAUGUAUCUGGAGAACUUCCUGAUUGUUGGAUCCAUUUUAAAAAAUUAGUCUUCCUUGAUUUCAGCAAUAACUAUUUAUUUGGAAAAAUUCCCACCACGAUGGGGCACUUGUUUAGUAUCGAGACACUAAGACUAAGUAACAACAGAUUUGUGGGACAGUUGCCUUCACAAUUGAAGAAUUGUACAAAGUUGACACUUUUUGAUCUUGGGGAAAAUAGCUUAUCAUACUCAAUACCUGAAUGGUUAGGGGCUAGUCUUCCGAAUUUGACUAUCUUAAUCCUUCGAGGUAAUCAGUUCUAUAGAAGCAUCCCGCCCCAAUUAUGCCAUCUGACAAGCAUUCAAAUUUUGGAUUUGUCGAUGAACAACAUCUCUGGAACUAUACCCAAAUGCCUCAACAAUUUGAUUGUUUUGGCUAAAAAAAGAAAUUCACGUCGAAUUAUCAGACAUUCAUAUACGGCUAAGCUGGGAGAAUUAAGUUAUAUUUGGGAUUAUGAGGAGGAAGCAUCUUUAACAUGGAAAGGGGUAAGGUCUAAAUACAAAAGUACUCUGGGACUUGUAAAGAGUAUUGAUCUCUCAAGCAAUAAGUUGACUGGGGAGAUUCCUAGUGAAAUCACUGAUCUUGUUGGUUUGGUUUCUUUAAACCUGUCAAGAAACCAAUUAACAGGUCAAAUACCUCCAAGGAUUGGAAUGCUGCUGGAGUUAGAUUUCCUUGAUUUAUCAAGAAACCAGAUUAAUGGCAGAAUUCCAAACAGUCUAUCUCAGAUAGAUCGUAUUGGUUACUUGGACUUGUCAGAAAACAACUUGUCUGGAAAAAUUCCAAUAGGGACCCAGCUCCAAAGCUUUAGUCCAUCUUCUUAUGGUGGAAAUCCUCUACUUUGUGGACUGCCACUCCUAAGGACAUGCAAUGAGGAGGAAAAAGGUCCACGACAAACUGUGUUGGUGAAUCAAGACGAUAAAGAUGGGCUCAUAUCGCAAGGAUUUUACAUUAGUUUGGGGCUUGGGUUUGCUGUUGGAUUUUGGGGAGUUUUUGGCACUCUUCUAUUCAACAGGUCAUGCAGAUAUACAUACUUCAAUUUCUGGACUUGUUUCACAGAUUGGUUAUACGUGAAGACAGAAAUCAUCAGGCAAAGGAUACUGCCGGCACCUUUGAAACGACAUUCUUUUCCUUCAGUUGAAGAUGGACGAGAGGAAGGACUGCUAUUUGCACUAGCAUUUGAGUACUUGAGUGAUGAUGAUGAGGGAUCUCACUGA